ACGAUAUAUAAGUACCUUCUCACCAAGCCAUUUGAUUAUCUCCAUAUUGUACACACAAUAUACCAUCAUUUUUGCUAAGAUUAAAGUUAAAUGGCUCCUACUCAACCUGCCAUUACUGUGAAAACACUUUCUGAGUCACCAAAUCUCAAGUCUAUUCCUUCAAACUAUGUUAACUCUGCUAUGUAUCCCUCUGAUUCCCCUGCAUCUGAUCCUAUUGAUUCAAACUCCAUCCCUACCGUUGAUUUUUCUCUACUCAACUCCACUGAUCCUCAUCAACGUUCAGAAGCUAUCAACAGCCUAAACAAAGCUUGCCAAGACUGGGGAUUUUUCAUGGUGGUAAAUCAUGGAAUACCAGAAAAUUUGAUGAAGGAAGUAAUUGAUGGGACUCAAGGAUUUUUCAUUAUGAGAGACGAAGAGAAGAAAGAGUUUGAAGGGAAGCAUGUUUUGGAUCCAAUAAGGUGUGGUACCAGCUUCAACGCCUCUAAGGAGAAAGCUUUUUUUUGGAGGGACUAUCUUAAGGUCUUUGUACAUCCUAAAUUUCACUCUCCUAGCAAACCCCAAGGGUACAGUGAUACUAUGUCGGAGUAUAGUGAGAAAACUCGAGAAGUAGCAAAAGGAUUACUUGCAGGAAUAUCAGAAGGCUUGGGACUUGAAGAAUGUUUCUUGGACAAAGCUCUAGACAUGAAGUCAGGAUUUCAGAUAUUCAUUGCAAAUUAUUACCCACGUUGUCCUCAGCCUGAACUUGCACUUGGAAUGCCACCUCAUUCAGAUCAUGGCCUUUUAACUCUUAUUAUUCAAAACCAAGUUGGAGGUCUACAAGUUCAACAUCAAGGCAAAUGGAUUCAUGUCAAUGCUCUUCCAAAUUCUCUCUUGGUCAAUACUGGUGAUCAUCUUGAGAUUUUCAGUAAUGGCAAAUACAAGAGCAAUGUACACAGAGUAGUGGUAAACAACACAAGUCCAAGAAUAUCAGUUGCUGUUGCUCAUGGACCAUCACUAGAAGCAAUUGUGAGCCCUGCUUGCCCAUUGGUACAAAGUGAAAGCAACCCUCCAGCUUAUAUACCAAUGAAGUACAAGGAUUACAUAGAGUUGCAGCAGAGUAAUCAACUUCACCAAAAAUCCAUCUUGGAACAGGUCAAGAUUCUUAGGAACUAAAUUUUCUUUUUUUCAAUGGGGAGCUGUAUUUUAUAUUAUUUCUGAGGUUCACAUCAAUAAAUUUUAGUACCUAAUAAUGGGAUGCAUUCGUGUAAUAAAGUCACGAUCUUUUUUUCUUU